AUGGAUUCAACGAAAGACCAGAAGAAGAAUGUGGAGCGACUCGCACGGGUGCGUGAGAACCAGCGCAAGAGUCGAGCUCGGAAGCAGGAAUACGUGAAUGAGUUAGAACAGCGUCUUGCAGUAUGCAAAGAACAAGCCCAACAAAAAGAUAUCGAGCAUCGACUGGCGACGCAAAAAGUCGAGGCUGAAAAUAAGCAUUUGAGAGACCUGCUAGGAUCACUGGGAGUUUCGAGUGCUUCUGUCCAGCAGUAUCUGCAGGAAGUGGAUACGGGAGCAAACACUAGCCGGAAGGUUGCCAUCCCUGCUAUCCAGCGAGCGGAGGGAAAUAGUACUCUGUCUCAAUCACGUCGAUCCACUCGCACAUCGAAUUCGUCAAUGGUAGUACCUCACGUCUACAAAGAGGGAUCUGUGACAACUGAACUGCCAACAGCGGUCAGUGGGGCAUGUGCCUCGACAGUGGUGCAACCAUCAGAUCAGCCACCAAAGCAAACUCCACAAGAAGAAGACCCGGCUUUGUGUGGAUGUCGGUCCGAGAGACAAAUUCCAGAGACGAUCUCUGACGAAGAUGUGCUUGAUUCCACGCUGUGUGCUAUUGCAGAAGAAAUGAUCAAUCAAUACAACACCAAAGGGAUUGGUGUUGAUGAGAUUCGACGAAAAAUUUGGUCUGGAUUCCGAGGAGGUGCAAAUGGCACAGGCUGUAGAGUGCAAAAUCACAUUCUGUUCCAAGUGCUAGACGAUAUCAGCAGUGAUGUCUGA